AUGAAAACCUGAAUCGCGACGGGAAAAACAACGAACAUACCAUAGCACACGGAAUUAAACCCUUCUGAGUGGGUCAGCAGUGCUUCUGUCUGGAAGUAUCCCAGGCAGAGGGGAAGAGUGAGUCGGGAGAAGGAGAGAGCGCGAAAGAGAGAGAGAGCGAGAGAGAAGGAGAGAGAGGAGACACUUGUGCGCAGACGCCCAUAUAUCGAAGUGCACGUCUCUCCCCGCGCUCACUAGUCUUCUAGACCCUGUUGGCAUGAGGCAUUCGUGAUUUUACUGUCGCGUUCUCCAGGGUCACACAGGCCUUCCAGGCGAAACAACAAAUAUGGCUGUGCUUAGAAUAUUCCGAUGUCAUCAGCUGAUUCUUCUUAUAUUCUUCGUUCUCCUGAAUAAAGGUGCGUCGGGGAUCAGCUGUUACAUGUGCUCCUCGAAGAACGGCAGCGAUACCAACUGCGACGACCCAUACCACCCCGCCCACUCGAAGUACGCCGAGAACUGCCUGGUGCCUAAGGAGGACCACAUCGGAGAAUUCCCGGCCAACUACUGCGUCAAGAUCAGCGGAGUCUCAGUUACUGGCGAAUCUCUGAUGAUCCGGACCUGCGUGUUGGAGAAUAUGGACUCCCAGUGUGGCGUAUUCAAGUUCGGAGACGAGCAACUCAAGGGCUGCAUCCUCACCUGCGAGUACGACGGCUGCAACCCCGCCUCCAGAAGCAGAGUGGUGCUGGGCCUUCUUCCUCUUCUGGCCACCACAAUACUCCUCCUUCGCUAAAAGUGGUUCCUUUUGCCUUUUUCUUUUCCACUCAUCUUUAUCCUACCAUCUCGCCUCUCUUCAUUGCAGAUGAAAGUGUCACUCUGUCUUUAUCAGCUCUCACGUCAGAGAUCUAGCACUCACGUCUUUCCUUCUGAUGGCACAAAGUAAACUUAUAUUCAUUAUUUAGUUUAUGCCUUCCUUUUCACUACCUCCUCUUCGCUCCUGAGUGUUCACUACCUCCUGUUCACUACAUGGUGUCAAAUGCAACAUAGCCCUCUUACUUUUGUGAAUGUUUCAACAAUAAUAUUACAGCUCAGUAUUUUGUCGUGAAAGAGACGCUCGUGACCCUGUUUCGGACGUUCGUUUUGACUCAAGGGUUCCAUCUUCGCUUUCUGAUCUCCAGUGCAUCAGCAACGAAGGAAGUGAGAAUCAGACAUCGCUAUGGAGUCAAGAGCAAAAUUCAGUCACUAUAUGAAGUCAAGCUAAAGCUUGUCAUUUUUUAAAAAAUCUAUAGGAAGAAGUUACUGUCACACCAGCAGACUCGAAUCUGACAAAGACUUCGUAUACAUCUCAUCCUGGAGGAGAUGAUCACCGACCUCAUCAAUCGCUGAUGUUCAUUUGACGUAAAGAAAAAACUACGUCUCUAUAUUAAUCUUUUUGUAAAAUUCACUAUUGCGAUAAGUUAAAGUUGACGAUCAAACCUUCCGAGAUUAAUAAAUUCACUAUUUCUGGUGCUCAUCCCCUUAGCAACUCGAGGGGUGAGGUGUGCAUGACGCCUGCCUCGGGUUCGAGUCCGAUGGUUGGCUACAUUAACGCUGUCAACACUGAAAUCUAAUAUAUCAGUGUUGUAGAAUCAAAAAGAACGUUUCUAUUAGAUAAAGUAUGUUACUUUUGUGUUGUGAAUUAUAAUGUAUAUACUAUUUGAUAUUAUCGGUGGUAAAAUUGUUGCAAAAUCCUAGAGAAAAUUAUGUAAUGAUAAGAAUGAUAAUUUAGCAAUCCUUUAGAGUGGAAAGAACAAUUUGUUCUGCAUCCUGUCUUUUCUCAAAGUCCUCUAGAACAGCGGAGGCAAUAAAGGUGGUAGCUUUAUGAAUGUGCUUUGAAAUACAUACUUUUCUUCUUAAUAGUUAAUCAUUGUGUUAAUGUUUAAAAGAUUAUAAACGAAGAUGUCAGU